UCAAUAGAAAUUUUCCCAUUAUUUACAACUGUACGCCGAAAAUUAAUGUUAGAAUUUCUCAACUAUAUUCAAAAUUAACUAUUAUCAAUUCGCAACGAAAGCAUAGAGACAGCUCGACAUGGUAGACUACAGCAAAUGGACUAACCUGACUGACUCAGAUGACGAGCAGCCGGCCAACGGUUCAGCUCAAAAGGUUAAGCAAGCUGCUUUGGAGAAACGGGUUAUCGAAUUUCAGAAUAGGCGCAUGGACUUUGUUAUGCGACGUCAGAAUAAUGAGGCCUGUCGGAUGAUAUACCGCCUCAAGCUUGCCAAGAAGAAAGGCAACCCUGACCACUGGAAUUUGAAGCUGUUAGAGCUUAAGGAGCAGCUGCCAAUGCUCGAGCAGGAGGACGCUCUGUUUGCAGCCGAGGAGAAGCGCCUUCUGAGCGACCCAGCCUUAAGAGGGCCUACGCGAGUAGGCUUCGUCAAAACGAUGAUCAAUAAGCGCCCUGAGCAGCCAAAGCCCUGCCUCUCACUGGAAAAAACUGAACGCUUCACAUUAUUAGAGUUGGAGAAACGCAUGCGGCGCUUCAUUGAAAUGUACGGUCCAGUCGCCGAUGAAUACGUACGCUUGGAGAGCUACGAAGACACCAUGCGCUUCCUGCACAGCCAUGCGAAUAUAAUUAGUACCGAUGGCACCGCUUAUCUGAUGAAUAUGUGUCUGGAUCUAAUAUCGGCUGGUCGCCUGGAGGAGAUGUCCCAAGUGGCCCAUCAGUGCAUGAUACUGCAGUUUAUAGUGGAGUUAGGCUCACAGAUGAAUGAGGAUCCACGCCGUUGCAUCAAUCCGUUCUUUACACGCAUUAUCGAAUACGAUUCGCUCUACUACAGCGCUUUCCAGACAGAAACAGAGGCGCUAAAAGCACGGCUGACUAUGCGCGCUCAGGGCAAGGAGGUGGCACCUCCACGUCAGCAGCCAGCAGCAAGUAAGUCGCCAUCCAAUCAGUCGUCCCCGGGCACACCUUGCCCCAAAGCCGGGCUUGGUCCAUUUGAGGUCUUUCAGUCGCUACCAGAGUCCCUCAAGAGCUGCUUCCAGACACGCAACGUACAAGAACUGAAGCACAUCGUGAAACAGCUGCCUCCGGACGAAGCCAAGUUCCAUUUGCAGCGCUGUAUUGAUACGGGCCUAUGGGUGAAAGCCAAGAAGCAGCAGUGAGUGUAAGCUUUGGAAGUGUCAUUGUCAUUGCUACUUGGUCCCAUUGCUGUGUGCUUCCUUAACAUUUCGACAAUCUUAUAAAAGCAAAUCUAAUAUUUCAAUAAAACAACUGCAACUAUCCAUCUUA